GCUAGGUCUAGUACCUGAAUUAAAGUACCCAAGGUACCUAAUCUACCUACCACUAGCAUCUUAGCUGGACUUUUCGGCUUCCAUUGCACCUUUUUUUUUCGUGGAGCGAUUUACUUGUCAAGAAGUGAGGUCACGUCACAACGCUUCAACAAGCAACCUUCUGUGACCGCGAAAGCGACUGUGCACAGUCCACUCACUGCUCGGCAAGGGUCCCUUUGAUAUCACGAAUCGCCUGAUCCUAGCAUGGCAGUGGCUUCCCGAACCUACAUCACGUCAAAACGAAGUCCGAGUCAAGCUGGCGCACCUUGCGGCUUCUUUCUCCCCCCCGAAAUUUUAUUUCAAAUCAUUGGGUCUCACCUCUUGCCUUUCUCGCAACAUUUGGUCGGGCUUUGAAAAGCAUCACGGCGAUUGAUAAUCACUCCAUAGGCUUGUUUGGUCGUCAGACUGGUGCUUUAUGAGUGCAGUUUGCUGGGUUUGCUGCUGUUCCAACGGCGGGCGCAUUCCGCGAGGCCCCGCUUCGGCUUGAUCCUCCGGCACAUUUCACAAGGAGUCACACACUUUCAGAAAGCGGCGCACACACACGGAUUUCGCAUCUCGGAAGCUGGCCAACAACGCGCGCAGUUACUUUCGUUUGGCUCCUCGAUACGCGCGUCAUUUUUCUCGGCGUUUGUCUUGGCGCAGUUCCGGUGAUUGUUCCCGGCCCCUCGGCCUUUGAUAAUCAUGACUGAAGCCAUGCCCCAGUCCGGGCCAGAUGCCGGAUCAGCCCCCGGCGCCCACCCUGGUGGUGUUCGCAAGAAGUUUGCAACACCGCCAGCGAAGCUUGCUUGCCUUGCCUGCAGAGCCUCGCGAACUAGAUGCAAUGGUGGCCGCCCUUGCGCCAGUUGUCAGUCCAAAGGGCGAGAAUGUGUUUACAUGCCCAGCAAGCGUGGCGGCGCCCGUGUGCGCAAGAAGCCAAAGCAGAAUUCCGAGUCCGCAGUGCAACAGCAGUGUCUUCCGGAGGUACCCGAAAUACAGCAGGAGCCAAUCUCGAUCGAGCGCUACAUUGAUCCAGGCGCCGGACUGAAGCAGCUUGGCGACUAUUACCCAGACAGUGAUUUGAUCUUCGACAGCCUGUUUAUGAAUGAUGUCUCAAGCUACAUGCCAAAUGAUAGCAGUCUGAACCCGUCUCCACAGCCUGCAGUGCCUCCUGUGCCUCAAGUGCCCAUGGUUCGCACGUACAAGGACAACGUAUCGAUACUGAACGCUUAUUAUGUUUAUAUACAUCCUUACUUUCCCAUUCUCCCCCCACCAACCACAACCCCUUUGGACAAUCCUGUGGCGCGGUUUCAAAACCAGCCAUCAGACUUUGAAGGCGAUUUCGAACCGACAUCCGCCAUAGCGCUUGCCAUAUCCGCCGUGCUAGCUCUCAUACCAUGCGCCAAUGAUAUUAAUCACGCUACGCCGGAAUCGCUGCGCUUCCGUCGAACGUAUGCGCAACUCAUGGCGCAAAGCGCUAUUGAACAUAUCGAGGAGGAGGAUGAGAUUCCAGAAUCAUCCACGAUACCCCAGGAGGCCUUAUCCUACGAAGCCCCGCCUUCUCCGCCGAGCCGAUCGCUGUUUCAUCCUGAUUUACCCCAGGAAUUAGAAAACAUCGUUGCGCUGGAUAUAUUGAGUGUCUACGAGUAUGGGCAACGAGGAAACUUGAGGAAGAUGCAGAGUCGCGCAGGCCAGGCCUUCUUCGACGCGAUGGCUCUCAACCUUCACAAUUGCACUGAAGAGGACCGCUUUUCAGAAGCUCGGAGGAGGGUGUGGUGGAUGACGUAUAUAUGUAUCUGCCAAGGUUCGAUCGUCAGCAACACGAAGCCAACUUUUGCACCAUUCGCAUCGAGCUUCACGGCAAAAUUCCCAGUCAUCUUAUCGGAUCCCGAGGCUUUCCCUAGUUUUGUGCAAGCUCAACAAGCCAUCCUAUCUGCCACGCAAUUUGUGAUAGAUCUCAACAAGACGCUCAAGGAUGGCGGAGAUAUGUCUAGAAUAUACCAGCGGAUGCAGGAGCUGGAAACAACACUUGAGCCCUUGAUCCUACAAUCAGAAGCUUUCGCGACGCGGCCAAUGACUACAACGACAGUCAAUACCUCAGAGGAGCUGAUCGGUCACACCCUAAGAUGCAUGGCACGCAUUAAGCUCAACAGCGCCAGGAUCAAAGUUCAUCGUUAUUGUGCCUUUUUCGAUCUUCCUGUCUUUACUGGAAAACACUGUGAUCUCAAAUCCAAGAACGGCAACGAUGCCAACCAGGAACCUCGUCGAUGGCAUACAUGUUCAUGCAGUCCCUGGGCUCCCACGCCUUCAACGACAUCGGUCACAUCUCCAGCCGAUAGUGCUAGUCAGGCCAACAUGUCACCAGCCGCUAGCUCGAUGCAGGGGUCAAUGCCAUCCCCAAGAUCCGAGGUCGGUGUCAGCACACCGGGUUCUGUCAUGACUACGUGCCCUUUCAGCAGCCACGAAUCCGCAAAGAUCUGUCUCCGGUCUGCCCUAAACAUCGCCGCCGAUUUUGACAGGAUGCCGUACCCGAACCCGUCCGCAUUACCUCCGUUCCCUAGCAACCAUGGCGCGGCGCCUGGGGCUGUGGGCAAUGGAAACGCGAGUGACAGCCCCGUCUUCUACCUAUCUCCGACGUCGACCAUCGUCGCGCCCCGGACCAUGCCAUCGUUUGCCUGCUGCGCCAUGCAGUGCGCCUAUUCUUUGCUCAUGGUGCAUGAGAAGACCAAGGCGCUGUACCCAUACUCAUAUCCGGGCCCAGCCAAUAUCGAGUCCAUCAACGCAGAUGGGGCUAAUGGUGGGCCACUAGUCGGUAACCUGCUCAUCAGGCUGCAACAAGGUUUGAUGAGCAUUCUUGGCACAUUGGAGAACUAUGGGACCGCCUUUGAGGCGCUGGGCGGCAUGCGAGAUCAAAUACGGAAUGCUAUCGAGCCGACUAUGGCAUUACAGUUUUGAAAGCAGACAGAGCUGGUAGAGACAGCAAAUGGCCUGCGGGUUUCACAGUCAUGGGGGUCUUGGCUUGCAAAAUAGCCUUUGAUGUUUGGUUUCGGGGUCCGAAGAGGACAGGUUAGUUAGUGUACAAAGCUGGGCGAAAAUAAGGAGUUGGUGAGGCAAGAGAAAAAAGAGAUAUAUCUGGGGGUUUCCGAUAAUGUUUGUUUGAUCUUCGUCCCUUUUUUUAUUAUUUUAGUUUGUUUUUCUUUCUGGGGGGACUAUUUUGAUGUGACGAUAGUUUUAUAUUUCUCAGCUCAAUUGGUUGCGCAAACUAUCCUUUACUCUGCGCGUAUAGCUUCAAAAGACCGGACCAACUAGAUGGACGCUGCAUCAUCCUAAAAGUUCGUUCACAGUCAUCCAUGCUAUUACAUUCCUCCCACUUUUAGGUUGGGAGUUGGGAGAAGGAUGAAAGAGCCGUCUAUGUGUGCAUGAGAUUGGGCGGGCGGUACUUUAAGGGUUCUAAAACGAGCCGAACAGUCUGUUCGGCUGAUGUCGAGACUUUUCCGCGGAUCCUUUUGUGAAAAACAAGGAAAACAAGUCGGGAAAAAAAAUUCUAGGGAUGAUUAUUGACGGCGGUAACCGAGCGCUUGGCUUUGGAGCUUGCGCGGAGCCCCAAACCAACCACCCCCGCGGGUCCCUGCACUGGCGCUUUCCAAC